UCUCUCUCUCUCUCUCUCUCUCUCUAUCUCUAUUGUCCAAUUUAUAUUGAAUUUUGAUGAGUUUUUUUUUAUUGUGGUGCAAGUGGUUUGAGGAAUGAUAGAGGGAAGCUACAAGGGAAAAGGAGAAUCAUCAGAUAUAGUAGCUAGGGUGGGAAGGGAAAGUGUGACAAGCAACUCACCUCCAAAGAAAAAAAAAGGAAAAAAAAAAACCCAACCCAUUAAAACAAACCUUUUUUAGUCUCUAAACCCAACAUCAAAGAAGGAGACGAAGGAGAGGAGGAAGCCAAGGAGAGGAGAGAAAGAAAGAUCAGGUCUUUUGGAUUGAAACCAAAACAACAACAGUGCGUUUGGAGGAAGGGACCAAGAAGAAGAACACCGUCAACACAGAAGCAGCAAGCGUAAAGGGCAAAAGAGAGAAGUGUUGUUUUCCUUGCUUUUGGAUUAUAUACUAUGGCCGCCGCUGCCUCCUUCUUCGGUAUCCGGGAGGAUCCCGACCCCCGCAAUCAGAUGCAACAGCCGCCGCCGCCGCCGCCGCCGCUGCAGCAGCAUCAGCCACAGCUCCCACCCUCUUCGCAAUCGGUGCUCGGCUCCACCGCCACCGCCGCCGCCGCCGCCGCUGCCGCAGGGAGCUCUCAGCCUGUGGCUCCUCAGAAGAAGAAGAGGAACCAACCGGGAAAUCCAAAUCCGGACGCGGAGGUGAUCGCUCUGUCGCCGAAGACGCUGAUGGCGACAAACCGCUUCGUGUGCGAGGUGUGCAACAAGGGUUUCCAGCGGGAGCAGAACCUGCAGCUGCACCGCCGCGGCCACAACCUGCCGUGGAAGCUGAAGCAGAAGAACCCGAAGGAGGUGCGGCGCCGCGUGUACCUCUGCCCCGAGCCGACGUGCGUCCACCACGACCCGUCGCGCGCGCUCGGCGACCUCACCGGCAUCAAGAAGCACUACUGCCGGAAGCACGGCGAGAAGAAGUGGAAGUGCGACAAGUGCUCGAAGCGCUACGCCGUGCAGUCGGACUGGAAGGCGCACUCCAAGACCUGCGGCACCCGCGAGUACCGCUGCGACUGCGGCACCCUCUUCUCCAGGAGAGAUAGCUUCAUAACCCACAGAGCCUUCUGCGACGCCCUAGCGCAAGAGACUGCAAGAAUCCCUCCGGGGUUAAACCCCAUCGGAAGCCAUUUGUACGGCAACAGUAACAUGAGCUUGGGCCUCUCUCAGAUGAGCUCCCAGAUGUCUUCUUUACAAGACCUCCUCUCCUCUUCCGCCUUCCGCCCGCCACCGCCGCCUCCGCACCCGCACUCGUCGUCGCCUUUCUUUCUCGGCGGCGGCGGCGGCGGCGCGAGUCAAGAGUUCCAUAACGAAGACCCUCAGCCUCAGCAGCAUUCUCUUCUCCAAAGCAAACCCUUUCAUAGCUUAAUGCAACUCCCUGACCUCCAAGGAAACGCCAACAACUCUUCAUCGAACUCGGGCGCAGUGGCGGCAGCCAACAUGUUCAACCUCGGCUUCUUUUCGAACAGCAGCAACGCAAUUCCGAUGAACAACAGCGUCCCCGACCAAUUCAACGGCGGCGGCAACAACAACGGCAGCAACCACUCAGAGUCUGGGAGCCUCUUCCCAGGCAAUCUCAUCGCCGGCGAUCACCACAUCGGAACGGGAAUCUCCCAGAUGUACAACAACUCGAUGCGCGGCGAAUCGGUCCUGCCGCAGAUGUCGGCGACCGCAUUGCUUCAGAAGGCCGCACAGAUGGGUGCGACGACGAGUGGUGGUGGGGGCGGCGGAAGCUCUUUGUUGAGAGGAUUCGGAAGCACUUAUUCUAACAGCGGUGCAAAUAAGCCUGGCGUGUUCAGGUCCAGCAGCUUCGGCGAGAGCUCGAGAGCUCAAGUGGAGCAUGAAAACCACUUCCAAGACCUCAUGAACUCGUUAGCAAAUGCAAGUAGUAACAUGUUCGGCGGAAGCGGCGGUGGCGGCGGAGGAGUUGCUGCUGCAUUUGGUGGGAAUUAUAUGAGUAGUGGGCAGGAGCAGGAGACGGGGCUCGGCGGUUUCGACCGGCUCACUCGUGACUUUCUCGGUGUCGGAGGGAGCAUGGUGAGGGGCAUGGGGGGUGGAAUCUCUCAGAGAGAGCAGCAUCAUGGGCUUGACAUGGGCUCGCUUGAUUCGGAAAUGAAGUCCGGCGGCGCCGCCUCGAGCCGAUCAUUCGGAAGCGGGAAUUUGCAAUGAGAAUCUAUCAACAAAAUUCAUCUCAAAUAAGUUAUUUGGAGAUAAAGAGAGAGAGAGAGAGAGAGAGAAGAAGAAGAAGAAGAAGAAGAAGAAGAAGAGAUGUUCUUCAAUAAGUUUGAUGAUGAAAGAGAUCCACUGCAACAAGUGCGCAUCACAAAGGGGGAAACCCUAGUAGGUAUAUGUGUAACUCAUGAGCAUGGUCAAGUAGGCGAAGGUGCCGUUAUUGCAUGGUAUAAUGUGGUUUUUAUAGUUGGUGUAGUCGUAGCUAGGAUCUAAAUAACUGUGACUUUUUGCUCUUUAUUUUUUUGGCUUCUGUGGUAUCUUAAUUUGUGCUUCUUUAAUUUGGCGUCGAAAGGGCUUCUUUAUAGAUAGUCCUAAACAUGGCAUGGCUUUUGUUUCUUUUCUUCUUUCCUUUGUUUCUACUAUUUUUUCUGUUCUAGCUA